UUCUGUUUAUUUCACUUUAAAAAUUUGUGUAACGGUUUAUAGAACCAUAUUUCAAAAUGAAUAAAACAAACAUAAUAAAACUACCAAAAAACGGCAGCAAAGACGAGAAUAAAACGCGCCAUUGUCGCGCCAGAUUGCAGGACCGAUUUGAUAAAAGCGACAGUAGCGAGAAGAGCAACCGCAGCAUUCUGACAAUCGUGACUCUGGAAGACACUCGCCGAAUUCUACGCAGCGGUGCGGAAAAGAUCUGCAAAACCUUCAACGAUUUACGCACGAACCUAGGAACGUUUACCCAGAGGUUCCGCAGUACGACGAAACGAAGGCAGAUAUUACAGGAAGGACCGGCGACGCCAGGUUUUACUACGCCACAUACAUUUUCCAAGGCACUCCUGGGAAGGACGCCUACGAAGUUAUACAGCCCGUUCAGUAUCGACAGCCCCUACAAUAAACCGUUAACGAAAAUGUAGCGUACUCGCAUUGCUCGAUCGUUUCUCUCUAUCAGUAUUUUAAUUUAACAAAAGGCGACUUUCUUAAACGUUUAUUUACAAAUACAUCCCUUUCGACAUUAA